AUGUCUUCAGACACUUCAUUAUCAGAAACUUCAUUGCUUGAAGAAGAAAGCGGGAGCUUGAAUAAGUCUCGGCCACCAGUAAAAUCAAAUCCUGUACGCGAAAACAUUAAGUCAUUCGCGGCCGGUGGAGUGGGCGGUAUAUGUGCAGUGUUUACGGGUCAUCCCUUCGAUUUGAUCAAAGUGAGAUGUCAAAAUGGCCAAGCGAAUUCCGCCGUACAUGCAGUUUCAAACAUUCUGAAAGAGGCCAGGACUCAAGUGAACGGCACAGUCCUUACAAACUCCAUAAAGGGGUUUUAUAAAGGUGUCAUCCCACCGUUAUUAGGUGUCACCCCUAUAUUUGCCGUUUCCUUCUGGGGUUAUGAUGUGGGUAAGAAACUUGUAUCUUUUAAAAACGAGAGUGGAGGCAGCAACGAGUUAACCAUGGGCCAAAUGGCCGCGGCGGGAUUUAUCAGUGCUAUCCCCACGACGUUGGUGACCGCCCCAACGGAAAGAGUUAAAGUCGUUUUGCAAACCUCCUCCAAAGGCUCCUUCAUCCACGCGGCAAAAACGAUCGUUAAAGAAGGCGGCAUUUCCUCUUUGUUUAAAGGUUCAUUGGCUACUUUGGCAAGAGAUGGGCCCGGUUCAGCUUUAUAUUUCGCAUCUUAUGAAAUUUCAAAGAAUUACUUGAAUAGCAGGCAACCUCAUCCAACUGCGGGCGAGGACGAGCCAGUCAAUAUCUUAAAUGUUUGUCUUGCUGGUGGUAUUGCUGGUAUGUCGAUGUGGUUAGCUGUUUUCCCCAUUGACACUAUAAAGACAAAGUUGCAGGCCUCCUCCACGAAGCAAAAUAUGGUCUCUGCGACAAAGGAAAUUUAUCUGCAAAGAGGUGGUAUCAGAGGGUUCUUCCCUGGUUUGGGUCCCGCCUUAUUGAGAUCUUUCCCAGCUAAUGCGGCUACGUUUUUGGGUGUGGAGAUGACACAUUCUCUGUUCAAUAAAUACGGUAUAUGA